CAAACCAAAAUAAAAUCGAAGGGAAAUAAAUUAGCCUAUUUAGUGGGGCCACAUAAUAGCAAACUCUGGGUAAAGAAUAAUUACUUUAAAUCAUCUGUGGUUUAAGCAGCUACAAAACAAAGAAGGUAAGAACCAAAAAACAGAUUGUUACAAAAAAACAGGAGAAAUGUAAACAUAUAUAUGGUGCAGAAAUGUGAAAUUACUGCUGUGAGGUGUUUAGUUAAAGGGAGAUCAUGUCUGUGUGACUUGGGGGUGUAGAUAAACACAUGAAUACGUCACUGAGUCAAACCGCGGGAAGUCUACUCUGUUUGCAAAGGGCGACGUUUUAAGAGGAAGCAGGUCAGCUGCCGGGGCAAAUAGGAAGACGUAAAACUAUCAGCCACGUGUUACUACACGCACAAAGAAAAGAGAGAAACACGUUUCACACGAGACCUGCCUGCUGGACCAGGUGUUGGAGCUUAUUAUGAAUGAAAAGCCACCUAACAGUGCAAGCCUUUUUCUAAACGAGGACACAGAAAAACCAACGUUGCCGGACAAAGUUGAGCUCAGGAGGCGUUUUCGCAGAGCCAUGGAGAAGAGAGCAGGCAGCAUGAGGCAGAGGAUCGGCUCCAUCAGCAGGAAAAGCCUCAAAGAUUUCUUCAGGAGGAACCUGUUCGUUUUGUUCACAGUGGCCUCUGUGGCUCUGGGUGUAAUAUUAGGCUUUGCUCUACGACCCCAUAACCUGUCCAUGAGGGAGAUAAAAUACUUUUCCUUUCCUGGGGAGCUCCUGAUGAGGAUGCUGAAGAUGCUAGUGCUGCCGCUGAUUGUCUCCAGUCUGGUCACAGGUAUCUCCUCAUUGGACAGGAGAGCAUCGGGAAAGAUGGGUGUGCGUGCGGUGGUCUACUACAUGGUGACCACUCUGAUCGCAGUGUUCAUCGGCAUUGUGAUCGUCAUGAUCAUCCGGCCGGGGAAAGGCAGCAGGGACAGUCCUGCAGUGAAAAGUGGAAACAUCGAAUCCAUUCAGGCUACUGAUGCUUUUCUGGACCUCAUCAGGAACAUGUUUCCCCCUAAUCUGGUAGAAGCAUGCUUCAUUCAGCAUAAAACUGUGUACAAGAAGAUUGUUUAUACGAGAAACGUGACUCUGAACCUCACCGACUUGUUUAACAUAACAGACUCUCCUCUGAAUGAAAACCUCACUAGACUGCAACGCACUAUACAGGAGACAGUGGAGGAAACAGUUCCUGUGUCUGGUUCCUCGGCCGGAGUGAACGCUCUGGGUCUGGUUGUCUUCUCCAUGUGCUUUGGUCUGGUCAUUGGUAACAUGAAAGAACAGGGACACGCUCUUAAAGAGUUCUUUGACUGCUUAAACGAGGCCAUAAUGAGGCUGGUAGCCGUCAUCAUUUGGUACGCUCCAGUUGGAAUCCUGUUUCUGAUUGCUGGGAAAAUAGUGGAGAUGAAGGAUCUGGCAGAAGUGGGUGGUCAGUUGGGGAUGUACACAGUAUCUGUCAUUGUGGGUCUUCUAAUCCACGGACUCUUCGUCCUGCCGCUGCUCUACUUUCUGGUUACCAGAAGGAAUCCCUACAGUUUCAUCGGCGGCCUGCUGCAGGCCCUUAUCACCGCGUUAGGGACAUCGUCUAGUUCUGCUACUCUGCCCAUCACUUUCCGAUGUCUUGAAGAAAACAACCAUGUUGAUAAACGAGUGACUCGCUUUGUCCUUCCUGUGGGCGCCACCAUCAACAUGGAUGGGACCGCGCUCUAUGAGGCUGUGGCAGCCAUCUUCAUUGCUCAAGUCAAUGACAUGGACCUAAACUUUGGGCAGAUUCUCACCAUCAGUAUCACAGCAACGGCUGCCAGCAUCGGAGCAGCAGGCAUCCCUCAGGCUGGCCUGGUGACCAUGGUGAUCGUAUUGACAUCGGUGGGACUGCCCACAGAGGACAUUACACUGAUCAUCGCCGUGGAUUGGUUCUUAGAUCGUUUGCGCACCACCACCAACGUGCUGGGCGACUCGCUCGGUGCCGGCAUCGUGGAAUAUCUCUCUCGUGAAGAACUGCAGAAUCAAGAUGCUGACUUGCGAAACUCUGUAAUUGAGGAGAAUGAGAAGCCAUACCAGCUCAUCUGCCAGGACAAUGACACACUGAACCACCUCAACAACGAGACCACAAUGUGAGAAAAUUAGUUUUCAUCUGAAAGGACUUAACAAAUCAAUAACAUUUCAUCAAGAAAUUGAGGAUCAUGGAGAUAGAGGACUUUCUUAAACACCUUAAAUUGAAAUUGGUUAAAUAAACUCCUUUGUCUGCAACAAAUGAGGCAUUCUUAAAGGGAGCGAGUGUUAUGUAGAAUCAACUUUUUGAACUUUAUAGCAUGUCAUAAUGUUAUUCCCUCAUCUAAAACAAAUCUGGAGAGUUGCUUUGAUUCUUUCAUGCAUGUUUGAGGAAUCAUUCAAUCUCCUGUGGCAGUCAUUCGGGUUGCCUAAACUCUAGCUCCCACAAUGCAUCAACUAUUUCCACAAAGCUCCUCCCUGGAGCUGCAGUCCCAAAGUCGAACUUCUGCCUUACAGAGCACUCCUCAGUCACAACUCCCCCACUCAGCUCCUUCAGACUAGAGGCAGCGACAAUUAGGAAUUGCCGAGCUCUGCUGAGCUCAUCAUACGAACAGCUUCCAAGCUCCAACGUUGGUAAAGUAUUAUGGAGAAGCAUCGUUAUGAUGAUGUGCUGAGGGCGGAGUGUCAGAGAGAGCAGGAACUUCUUAAAGAGACAGAGGCCCAGUUUCAAGGCAUCAAAUUGUAAAAUCAAAUUUCUUUUGUUAUAUUUUAUAAAUGCAGCAUUUUCAUAAAAACCAAAGGUAACAUAGUUUCUUGGUUGUGGUAUAAAAUGUCACUAUGUACUUUGACAAUGAGCUUUUUUUAAAAAAAAAUAAAUAAAUAAAAAGCUAAUUGUUUCCUAGAACAUUAAUAUAAAAAUAGUUUUAUAAAAAAGGCCACAUAAAGUUCAGAACCCUUCACAUUUCCAAAGCUUUAUUUAUCCACUAUGAAAAUAUUUUGCUGUGUUAAAUGUGUUGCUUUUCCCCCCAACUGGCAUUACAUCCUAGCCUCCAGUGAGGCCAUUUCUUUAACAGGACCAAUAUUUAAAACAAAUAUUAUUUUUUUUGUGAGCUCCCUCUUAUGUCAUUUUCAUCUUGACUACCUUUCAUUGGGAGUUUUACAAGGUUUCACAAACCACCAGAAAGCACUCAAGCUCAACAGUCUGUAAA